GCCAAUGGGGAAAUCUGUCAACUGUUACAGCGGCCGUCGGGUUUUACCCAGGCGCGCGCACGUAUAAAAGGGAAGCGCGGCGCGGCGGGAGUCAGUCCGUUCGUCGCAGAGCAAGGAGAAGUAUUACAAAGAUGCUGAAGUUUGUAGUAUUAGCCGUUGUCGCCGUGGCCGUGGCGCACGCGCAGGAUAAAGACAAGGCCGGCACUCGCUUAGGAGGAGGAUUCGGGGUUCCUGGAGCCGGUGGCGUCUUCCCAGGAGCCGGUGGCGUCCCUGGAGUAGGUGGCGUCUUUCCUGGAGCCGGUGGCGUCUUCCCUGGAGCCGGUGGUAUCGGUCCUGGACCCGGCGGCCUCAUCCCCGGAGGCGGAUUCAACUGCAAUUACUGCAGGACGCCCGUCGGGUACGUCUGCUGCAAGCCCGGUAGGUGCCCUCCGGUUCGAGACGUCUGCCCGUCGACCCGCUUCGGACCCCCGGUCUGCCGCCAGGACCUGGACUGCUCCGGCUCCGACAAGUGCUGCUAUGACGUCUGCCUGGAAGACACAGUCUGCAAACCCAUCGUGGCAGGUUCUCAGGGAUAAGCCUGCAUGUGAAACUUAUCAAGCCUUCGUUAUCAAAUAAAUGCUAUAACUGUUAAUUGUAA